UAGAUAGGAACCACAAUUUCAAUCGUCUCCUCAAAUUAUCGAACAGUCCAGAGAUGUACCAGAGUUGACCCGGAUUUGACAAGUCGACACCGGAGAUUUCGUCGGAGCACGCGCCUCCGCGCGCCGGAAAAAAUUAAAUAGGCAGUAAUUCCCUUUCAGUUACUGUACUGAAACUCAUUCAUCCCCUAGAGAAAGAUGUCUUCAGACGAAUAUCUUUAUUCACAUAAACAUCACCCCGUUUCUUCUUUGGAAUGGAUAAGUAGGGAAUGGGAUUCAAUCUUGCCAGAAACUGUAAGGGAUCGAAUUGAGUUCCUUAAAAGGGAUUUUAAAUUCCUUGAUAUUUUUCUCAGCUUUGCAAGUGAAUGCACCAUGACAAAUGUUACACAGAAAGUCCAAGCUCAGUUUCAGGAUGAUGCUGUCAACCUCAAAAGGAUCCACACAUUUUUCGAUGACCUUGAUCCCCUGAUAUCUCAGGUGCAAAACAACAUUUGGCCGAGUAAGUUGGAAAUUAGGGCUCAUUACCCCUUUCUCAAAAAGUCAACUUCAUUCAAAAAGGAAAACAGUACUAGUAAUGCUGCUUCUCCUGAAUUUUUAGAGAAGUUCAUUGGUAUUGUUCUAAGGAAUCUCAGUGAUUUACUGAAGAUUUAUGCUCCUACCUCGUUGCUUUUUGUUCCCUGUCCGAAGAAACAAAUGGAAGAGAUAGUAAAGGAGUUGAAGUUAUUGAGAAAUUUUGCGUUCUAUCUUUCAAAUAGAUGCACAGAGCCUCAAAAACUGCAUACUUUCUUUACUCACGUUUUACUUGUGUUUGGCCAUGCUGCAAUGGAUGGCUGGUUGUAUUUGCCAGCCAUUGAUGGAAAUACAGACUUGACUUCAAAUGAAAUGGAUGUUUUGCAUCUUCUACAAAUGAGGAUUCGGCCUAUUCAACCAUGUGUCCGUGACAUUUAUAUUGAUGUUCUGCAAGCCUUGAAGUCAGAAGAACAAUCAGGAUGGGAUCGGGACAUCCAAAUUGAGUAUACAGCAGAUUGUGAGGUUGGCUUUGUGGAGACUCUUAUUCACUGUUUGUCAGAGCUACCAAUUACUGGUAAGCAGAAAGAAACGGGCUCUUUGAAGGAUCAAAAGGCAAUCCUUCUAGAGUUGCUCAACCUCCUAAGAGCCAAUCUCAUCAGUUUGCCAGUGAAGGACCAUAUAUGUCAUCUUCGAGAUAUUGAUGCUGCGAUUAUUGAUGUAGGGCUUCUAGUUUAUUCAUUGUAUAGCAGUAUGGAGGUAAAGAAAGAUAUGGCUGUGGGAGAAUUAAACCACGUGCCAGUGCUUGAUUUCUCAGGCACUGUUCGGAGUAUACAGGCUGUAACUUACCUCAUCACUCGGAAGUCAUUUCUUUCCCUUUUACCUAGGAUUGAUGGACUGGGAUCUAUUGACAUCGUUCUAGACAACCUGAAGGAGUUCCUAAGACACUAUUCAUAUUCACUUGCUUCCAUAAAGAGCCAACUUCAGACGAUUCAGGAGGAACUUGAGCUCUUCCAGAAACAGCAUGAUGGAUUCCUGUAUUUUCCAAUGCAGGUUAUUGCUAAGGCAUAUGAGGUGGAACAUAUAGUUGUUGGUUGUAUAAACAGAAACAUUCCUGAGUGGUGUCUUGUUCGCUGGGUUGGGGACAUCAUGGAGGAGACUACACUACUCAUGAAGGAGGUGGCGGAGAUUCAUGAAAAGAAAGUCUCUGACUUGGUUUUGCAUAAUACCAUUGAUGUUGCAAUUGUUAAUACUUCACAAGUUUCUGGGAUUACAAGCAUGAGAGAAGAGAUGGUGGGCUUUCAGGAGGUGGUGGACAAACUAAGACGGAAGCUAAUCAGAGGAUCACCAGAAUUGGAUGUAAUCUCAAUUGUUGGGAUGGCUGGAUUGGGUAAGACAACUCUGGCUAACAAACUAUUUCUUGAUCAGUUAGUUGUCUCUCACUUUGACGUCCGUGCUCAAUGUUGUGUGUCUCAAGUAUAUACACGCAAGGACUUGUUACUAACUAUUAUUCGUGGUGUUAAGAAGGAUACAGUUAUAAGUGAUAAACUACCAGAGAAUGAAUUAGCAGAUAAGCUGCACAAACUUCUAUUGGUUCAGCGGUACCUUAUCCUCGUUGAUGAUGUCUGGGAAACUAUUGCAUGGGAUGAUGUAAAGCCUUGCUUCUGUGAUGCCAACAAUGGAAGUAGAAUUAUCCUGACAACUCGGCUUGGCGAUGUUGCCUCCCAUGCUAAACUCGUCAGUGAUCCUCAUUUUCUUCGAUUGUUUACUACAGAAGAAAGUUGGAUGUUAUUGAAGAAUAAGGUGUUCAACAAAAGAAAUUGCCCCCUUGUCUUAGAAGAUAUUGGCCGAAAGAUAGCACAAAAGUGUGGAGGGUUACCUCUUUCAGUAGUUCUGAUAGCAGGUAUCCUCGAAACAACGGAGAAGGAAAAACACUGUUGGGAACAAGUAGCAGUAAAUUUAGGUCCACAUAUACAGGCUAAGUCAGAGCACAUAAUAGAUCUUAGUUACCAAAAUUUACCGUGUCAUUUGAAACCUUGUUUUUUAUAUUUUGGAGCAUUUUUGGAGGACGAAGAGAUAAAAGUUUCCAAGUUAACAUGGUUGUGGACAGCGGAAGGCUUGGUAAAACCUCAUGCGGAAAAGCUUCCAGAGGAAAUAGCAGAAUAUUACUUAGAGAAUCUUAUUGGAAGAAACCUCGUUAUGGUUUCCAAGAAGAGUUCUGAUGGCAAGACCAAGGCAUGUCACAUUCAUGACUUGUUACUUGAUUUUUGCAUAAUGAAAGCCAAGAUGGAGAACUUUCUACAAUGGAUAGAAGGGGACAAUAUUGCGGAUACGUCUUCUUUUGCCCGUCAGAAGCAUAAAAUCCCACGGCGCUUAUGCCUUCACUUUCAAGGUGAUAAUCUUGCAGCAUGGAGUUCGAUUUGUUCGGAUGUACAGUCUUUCCACUUGAUGAAGAGUAGACAUAUUGCAUCAUCUUCAAUAAGUUGCACAUCAUACACUUUUAACAACUUCAAGUUUCUGAGGGUGUUAGAUUUGGGAUCCACUAUAAUUGAUUCUUUCCCAGAAGCGUUAACCUGUUUGAGAUAUGUUAAUGUUAGGAUUGCUGAAGAUUCUUCAUUAUCAUUCUCAUCCAAUCUUUGGAACCUAGAAACUUUGAUAGUUAAAGGAAUUGGAGGACGAGUAUCAUUACCAGACACACUUUGGAAGAUGGUCAAACUGCGCCAUCUACAUGUAUAUAACCGUGCUAUGUUCACUAAACCCAAUGUUCAAGAGUUCCUUGAGAGUUCCCCCAAAAUGGAUGAUUUGAGAACUCUUGCAUCAACAUGUUUUUCUUGUGCGGAGGACGCGAAUAGCAUCUUGGCAAAUACACCAAAUCUUAAAAAACUGAGAUGUGAAGUUUUGAGAAGUGAUGGCUUCUUCCCUUCAUUUAACAAUCUUACCAAGCUUGAAAUGCUCAAGUUUACUUGUGGUCCUACCAAUACCUGGGUCACCGAGCUGAACUUGCCACCAAAUAUCAAGAAAUUAACACUAUCCCGUGGUAACGUAUUUAGUCUUGGUGAAGUUGCAACCCUUCCCAGACUUGUGGUACUCAAACUGCUACAAGUUACCACUAGGUCAGUAUGGAAAGUGACCGGUGCGCAGUUCCCUCAACUCAAAUUCUUGAAGCUUCAAGAUCCUUCUUUUUCGGAAUGGAAUGUCUCAGAUGACGCUUUUCCGUGCCUUGAACACUUGGUAUUGAGGAGAUGUCGAUGUCUUAAGGAGAUCCCUUCUCCCUUUGCAGACAUGCCUUCUCUAAAGUCUAUUAAGGUGCUGGCAUGCAGAGAAUCACUUGUGGAAUCAGCCAAGGAUAUCCGUGAAACACAAGUUGAAGAAAUGCAAAAUUGUGGUUUCAAUCUCUUUAUCCAGAAAUAGUACAACCAUACUUUGACCCUUAAAUGCCAGCUCGAUUUGGUUAUUAGUUACGUGGGGUUUGUGAUUAGCUUAAGAAGUUUGGAGAAUCAUGAAGGUAAGGGUAAGGUUGCUUAUUUACUCCCACUUGUUGGAUUACAAUAGGUAUGUUGUUGUUGUAUAUUAAGUUGUAUAUUACUGAAUACUUGUAUCGCUAUUUCGACAAGUAUUUAUGGAUUGCUUGUUGUAUUAUGCUCUUCUAGUUUAAGCUUUCCUUUACUUUUAUGGAUGUACUGUGUCAAUGGUUAGAAGUCAUUGUAAAAGCAUUGUAUUUUCAUUUGCUAAUGUCAAUGUAUUUGCAUGAUUUCUGAUUAGAUCAUGCUUUCAUUUGG